UCGUUCUGCUUCCAUAGUCAACUCUUGAUUCAUCCAUGGUGGUUUAGAUAGAAGCCAAGUUAAUGGAACAGAAUCCCAAGUCAUUGACUACUGGAAGUUGUGAGGGUGAAGGACCCUGUACUGUGAAUAUGAUAGAUAGAUUGAGUAAUCUCCCCAAGGAGCUUAUUCAUCACAUUCUUUCAAAUGUUUUGAUUGAAGACCUGGCUCAGUUAACCUGUGUCUCCAAACGAUGGAGAGAGUUAUGUUUGUCGUCCCCGUCGCUCGAAUUCUGUGGAUUCAAGGACUUGAUGGAUAUGGCUUGUGAGCGUAGGUUGAAGUUGAUGAAUUCAUUGGAUAGGUUCUUGCUUAAUCGUGGGGGUAAUCAGAUGAAGAGCUUUCUUUUAUUUUGGGAUGGUCACAAUGACGAGGAGCUUGAAGAACCUUGCUUCUGUGUUAAUGAGAGAUUCCGAAUAAUGACCUGGAUCCAGAAUGCUGUGAGGUGUAAAGUCGAGAAGGUUCAUCUGUUGGUCUAUUUUUCUGGUUUCGACGACGAUCCAAUUGCAUUUCCGUCUUGCGCAUUUCGUUCGUCAUCAUUGAGGUCUUUAGUGGUUGAAAUGCGGCGUACAGUUGUUAAAACACCCUCGUUCGAUUUUUUCUCUAAUCUCGAAAAGUUGGAUUUGAGAGACGUUAUUAUACAGGAUGAGGAGUUUUUCAAGUGGAUUUCCUGUUCCUGCAAGUCCUUGAAGGAUUUAUCUCUAACAGAAAUUCGUGAGAUACAUACAAUUACUAUUGAAAGCUCAUCUUUGGAGAAAUUUCAUUUUCUUGAUUAUGCGGCUGAUGAGACCUGCCACAUCAACAUCUCUGGUGAGAAACUUGAAGAAAUAAAUGUGGACUGCAAUUAUUCAAGUGGCACCGCUGUAGUAAAAAUUGUUGCUCCAAAUAUCAAACAUUUGCUUUUGGAGGGGAAUGUUAAAAAUUACAUGAAUCUGGGAGAAUUGAAAUGUUUGGAGCAAGCUGCUAUACUUAUGGAGCCUAUAGUAGAUGACUUUGACAAAGUAAAUGAGGUUAUUUCCAGUUUGCGCAGUGUUGAAGUUCUUGUUCUAAAUGAAGCUACCAUCAAGGCUGCAUACAAGGAGGACCACAUGCAAGCUCAGUUAGAUAAGCUUUGGUACUUGCAAAUGAAUAUUGGUAGCUUUACUGAUGUUCUAGUUCCAGCAGUCGUCUGUGUUUUAAGAGGAACACCGGAGUUGUGUACUUUAUACAUUCGAUAUAAACCAACUUCACCCGACCCUAGUUCUAAUACAUCUGGGUUUGAUAUGGAGUACUGGAAGAUGCAAAACCUGAAGUUUGUUUCUCAAGUUGAGAAUGUUACCAUAGAGCUUAGUGGGGGGUGUAAUGGAAUUGAGUUAGCAAGGUAUAUUCUUGAGCGUGCUGGGAGCCUGGAGAAAAUGAUCAUUAGGUACUUCGCGGAGCAUUCUAAUGUUAUAGGGAAGUUAAAAGAAAGUAAGAUGAUCUCCAGUCCCUCGCUUAUUUUCGAGGAAUAUGAAAGGCCCUAUAGAUAGUUUUGACUUUCUGCUCAUGCUAUUUGAGACUAAUUUUUCUUUUGUUCUUGUGUUUUUUUUAAUAUACUCCCAGUUUAAUGUUUGCUUGAUCCGGUUUGGAAUUUAUUGAAUGAGUUUAAAGAAUUU